AUGGUCGAUUACUCAUGGGUUUGGUCCUUGGAAAUUGUCUGUGGUUCCUUCUGGGUUGUCUGUAAGGAUCGGAGGGAUGAUUCGCCUUCUGGUGAUGGCAACGAACAUUACGAGCAAUUCUUGCGUCAGUUGCAGAAGACUAUUGAUGUAGUUCUGGAGAUUCUCGACGGGAGUAGCGUGAUUGUUACUGGUGUGCAUGUGUUCUCUUCUCCAGUACUUGAAACUCUUGACGAUUUGGGAAACUUUAGCAGCGAUGAGCUUAUAGGAGACUUAAUGGAUUAUGGCACCGUGGCCGACAUAUUCGCAAAAUAUGGAGAGGAAUGGUUCAGAAAAAGCGAGACUGAGGCGCUCUUGCGACUUCGUGAACAGAUUAAGGAGGUGCAUGAGCCAUUUGUUGUUGCCUUAGGGGGCGGUGCCAUGCUGAGGCCCGAAAACUGGGUUUUUCAAGACUGCGGCAUUGUUGUGUACAUAGAUGUACCUCCGGUGGUUUUAGCCAAGCGUGUUGUUGGCGCAGGUGUCCAGUCUCGUCCGCUCUUCCCUCCUGAGUGUACCGAACUCGAGGUACCUGCAUUCCGAGGGUUUCUGCAUGUGUUGGGAUUGUUUUGUUUCAUUACAGCGUUUGGACACAUCCGUGCAUAUUUAUCGAGGAAAUUGGGAAUAUCAGACGCUUCGGCGAUACCCCCAGCUUUGGUUGCUUUAGAGAUUCUGAAGGCAAUCGAGAAAUAUCAUAAGUCGACUUGA